AUGCUGCAGUCGUCCCCGUACGCGCCGCUCUACGGCUCCCAAGAGCAGCUCCCCGUCGUGCGCCGCAGCCGCCUGCAGACCUCGAAGCGGUGGCUGACGCACUAUGGUCUCUUGAUCAUUAUGGUCAUGAACGUCGGGAUUCUUGUCCUACUCGGAUGGGACCUCCAUACGUCGACGGUCAACACUACCCGCACUUAUGCGACCGUAAACGUCGCCACAGCACCCACGGCCCCAAUUAGCACGAUGACGACGGUCGUACCAAUCUUGCCCGCCAAGUUCAGCGUCGACCACGUCACUCCGUACAAGAACCAAGCUGGUCGCGGAACGUGCUGGGACUUUGGCACGAUCGGACUCCUCGAGCAGUCGUACCGGCGCCACGGCGUCUCGCAAGGCUGGCUCGCACCCCACGACUAUGUGGCCUUCUCGGAACAAGCGUACGGGAUCGAAGUCGCGGCCAUGUGCACAGGUCCAAGCACGUCGCCCCAGCAAAAAGCGUGUCGCAUUGCCGACGACAAUAUUUGGCGCAACUCGACCGAGGGCGGCGAAGUGCCACUGCUCUACUACCUGCAGCAUGGCCUUCACGACGCCGUGUACCCCGACGCUGUCUGUCCAUACAUCCCGACGAUGGGCCAUGACCUCGAAUGCCCUGGCCUCGCCUUGCGCCAACAGUCCAACCCGCUUCGCUUCACCGUCGAGUCGAUGGAGACAUACUAUGAAGAAGCGACGAUCAAGGCCCAACUCGUGGCGCGCGGGAGCGCCAUGCCGUUCUCGACCAACAUGGUGACCGUCACACACUACCUCCCGUGCAUUGGCGACCUCGUGACGGACCCACGCUGUGCGCCAUCCGAGUGCCACCUCUGUCCGCCCGAGCUACCGCAAGCCACGUGCUGCAUCCCUCAGUCCGGCGACAGCAGCGUGACAAUGGAAGGCGAAUUCGUGUCCCACUCGAGCAUGGCCAGCGACGGCGGCCACGUCAUGCUGCUCGUGGGGUUCAACGACCUCUAUGAGACGCGGGAUGGCUUCACUGGUGGCUUUAUCGUGAAAAACUCGUGGGCCGACGGUCGGUACCAAGGCAGUCAUUCGAUGCAGUACUGGAUGCAGAACAUUUCCGAGUGGGAAGAGCGCAUUCUGUGCCCCAACAGCUACAAUCCGUUCAACUGGUACAUGGCCUCGGAGGAAGAUGCGCUUGUCGGCAUCGAUGCCGUCUUGUCCGACGACUCGAAGCUCUACGCGCACCUCAACCAGAUGCCACUGCAUUUGCGCUGUAGCGACGCCGAUGCAUGCGACCCGUCGCUGGUCUACUUUGCGAAAAACCGCACCGACUAUGGCGACCACAUGUACAUCAUGUGCUUUUACGAGUACAACCCGUCGUACGGCACAUCGACGCACAUGUGCUUGUCCCCGAUGCGGCAAGCCGACAUUGCCUCCGUCUUUCAACCGAUGGAAGUCUACGAGAACGACCCGGACCUGUGCGGCUUCUACUUGAUCCCUUUUGAGAUUGCGUGGGCGCCGCAAUCGUAUGCCGCCAACGCCAACGCGUUUCCGCAGUACGACUAUGGUCCACUCGCGCGGUCGACCAAGCGCCAGCGACACGUGUCCUUUGACGGUCCAUUUCCCAACGCGCACGUGUUCAAGACGCACCGACAUCGACAUGCGUUGUCGCAGCACUAA